CGGGGGCAACCUGCUCCCCGGGGACCGGUGCUGUGCGCGGAGGCUGCUGCGCGGUGCCGCCGUCCCGCCGCCGUCUCCUCCCCGCCGCCGAUCUUCUCCCCGCCGCCGCGGAGGGCCUCGUCAGCCGGCGCAAUGUCUGUCCUGCGCAGGAAAUUUGGGGACGAGUACCAGGCGGUGGGCCCGGCGUGCGGCGGCGGCGGCGGCACCACCACCCGCAGGGAGCGGCAGCGCUUCGUGGAUAAGAACGGGCGCUGCAACGUUCAACACGGGAACCUGGGCGGGGAGAGCAGCCGGUACCUCUCUGACCUCUUCACCACGCUGGUGGACCUCAAGUGGCGAUGGAACCUGCUCAUCUUCCUCCUGACCUACACGGUCGCCUGGCUGGUCAUGGCCUCCAUGUGGUGGGGCAUCGCCUACCUGCGAGGUGACCUGCACCGGGCGCACGAUGACGCUUACAGCCCGUGCGUGGCCAACGUGUACAACUUCCCCUCUGCCUUCCUCUUCUUCAUAGAGACCGAAGCCACCAUUGGCUACGGACACCGCUACAUUACCGAGCGCUGCCCCGAGGGCAUCGUCCUCUUCCUCUUCCAGUCGCUGCUGGGCUCCAUCGUUGAUGCCUUCCUCAUUGGCUGCAUGUUCAUCAAAAUGUCCCAGCCCAAGAAGCGAGCCGAGACCCUCAUGUUCAGCCGUACUGCGGUUGUUUCUCAGCGGGAUGGAAAGCUCUGCCUCAUGUUCCGGGUGGGCAACCUCCGCAACAGCCACAUGGUGUCUGCCCAGAUCCGCUGCAAGCUCAUUAAGUCUCGACAGACACCGGAGGGAGAAUUUCUGCCACUAGACCAGUGUGAACUGGAUGUCGGAUUUGGAACUGGAGCUGACCAGCUGUUUUUGGUUUCCCCAUUAACCAUCUGUCAUGAAAUUAACUCAAAGAGCCCCUUUUUUUGUCUCUCUCAAAGAUCGCUCAGAAGCGAGCAAUUUGAAAUAGUUGUCAUCCUUGAAGGAAUCGUUGAGACUACCGGAAUGACGUGUCAAGCUAGGACCUCAUAUACAGAAGAUGAAGUUCUUUGGGGUCACAGAUUCCUCCCAGUAAUGUCCCUAGAAGAUGGCUUUUUCCGUGUCGAUUAUUCUCAGUUUCAUGCUACAUUUGAAGUCCCCACUCCUCCUUACAGUGUUAAAGAGCAAGAAGAAAACCUGUCUCUGUCAUCUCCUUUGAGUAGUCCUGCUGAUAAUAACAAAACAAGAAGAGAACAGGUUUGUUCACUUCAGUGUAUUGAUAUUGCAGGAGAGAAAAACACACUCCCUUUUAAACUUCAGAAGAUUAGCUUGAGAAAAGAAGACUUUCCAAGAGGAGCCCUGAGAAUGAGUUCCAGUAACACAGAGAAGACUUGCAGCACCGGAGAUCUCUUGAAAAUUCAAGAAAUAAGUCCCAUCUCUGACAGUGAAGACAGUGAUGACAGGAUACAGCUGAAAGCUUUAAAAAUAAAUGCCGGGGCUUUGACUCAGUCCACUGGUGAUCUCGAGUUACAGAAGAACCCUCCAAGUAUGUGUGCUCUAGAGAUGAAAUUGAAUUUUCCUGCCAAACUUUGAAAAACAAACUCUGAUCGCCUCUCUUUAGAGCAGAAGCAACAGGAGUUGUUGUUGAUAAACUGCAUUCAAGACUGCUGACCUGAAAGAAUUGUCUUACAGUAGUGUCAUAAUUUGGUUUUGCCACUUUCAGGAAGAACGAUCCUUUUUGUAUAAUGGCUCUGUACAGAUCCAACUUAGGGAGCGUAAUAGGACUUUGAUGGCCAGUAAUGGACUGUCAUGCCAAAGAGAUGGAUGCCUAAUGAUGUUUUUUGGCAUGCUCAUUGCAAAUCUACAUUGUCUUCCAUACAGGCAGAUGCUUUUUCACGAAGCAAGGACCAGAUCCUUAGUUGCAGAGUGAAAUGUUCGGACAUCGAGCCAAAAAGGGUGUAAAACCAGCUGAAACACAAUUUUGUGUAGCUCAGAUCUUUGACUGUUCCUAGUGUAUAGAAGAACACAGGAGAAUCUGUGAUGCUGCUUGGUUGUAGCCUGGUUCUCUCCAUAACCCUGUUCAAAGGUGGCCUCCUUGUGCAGCCUGGUGGCACACAUCCUUCUUUCCCAAUGAUCGUGGCAUGCCAGCUCUGUGCCCUUAGAACCCCAUUUGUUGUCAUUCAGGUAGAGGAAGUGGUUUGCAAAUUUGUGUCAUUCGACUCAACACAAGCUCUCAUAAACACGGGGAUCAUUUGUUCUCUCCAGAAUUAGACCCCAGCAUUCAAUCAGGUGGAUCACAUAACGAAUUUUAACAACCAUUGGCACGACUCGCUGUGAAGGGAACUUGAGGUGGGUAGCACAAUUUAAUGGUAUGUCUCAUACCUCGACUUCAUGAAACUUUAGUUUGGAGACUCCUCGUAAGUAAAUAAAAACACAUAAAAGCAAAGUGCUAGAUAAUGAUCGAUCAUUACAGGAAUGGACAGUAGUAUGUACACAUCUCAGAGUUUUAUUAAUGAAUGGUAAGGAUCUUUGAUGUUGCACUCUUAUUUUUUUUGGGUUACAUUUGCCUUCUCUAUUUAUGUAUGAUUCUCUAUACUUUUAUAGAGUUGACAUUUACAAUAUUAUGCAAUUUAUUGCAGGGUAGAACUCUGUUUUAAUAUAGAUAUAUUAAAGUGCUGGAAGAAAAGGCAGCACAGGUCUGUAACGUGUUAAGUGUGCAGCUGAGGGGGUUUUCAUGUUUUUGAGCAUUCUCUCAAAGUGCUUCUGCCAAUAAUGGUGAUUUACUUUCAAUUGGUGAAUAAAUAUUUUAGAUGAUCAGUCCUGGAAUAUCCAACCUUAUCUGUAGAAAUGACCAAAACGAUGUCAGCGUAGAUUUACACAGAGCUGUUGGUAUUUUGUUAUUCGGUAUCUCUUUAAAGUGUCAUACAGUUUUCUAAGUGACUGGCCUUGAACAAGAGGGGAAGAACCCUCUUCUAUUUUUAAACCAAACUUUGCUUAACUGAACUAGUGUUGGAUCAUUGGGAAAUGGAGAGAACUAGAUUUUGACUUUCUUAGAUUGCCUGGGGUUCUACAACUGAGAAUAAUUGCAUUACUAUUCAGCUAUUGUGCUGUCCAUCUCAACCUGUGAAAGUGGGCUCUUUUUUUUUUUAUUAUUUCUUUUUUCUUUCCCCCCAGUUGUUAGUGAGCAAGUAUAACAACUUGAAAAGAAACUGUUUUGUAAAUUAUGAUGUUUUAGUUGCUGGUUGGCACCAGUGUACAGGGUGCUUAUUUAUCACUAGCAGAGCACUUCCCAACAGAAGGAUCAAAUUCUGCUCUUGUUACACGGACAGAGUUCAGUCAAAUUUAAAAGGGGUUGCUGUGGCCAUAUCAAUUGUCAGUGCAUGCCUCCAUGACUAGAACAGAGAGGUAAAGUGGUACAUCCAGGCCAGGGAUGGCUUGGCUUGUGUAAAUCAUUUCUUGCUUUUGAUUUCCUGCCUGUGGUGUGAAACUGGAAAGUAGUAUUUUGCACAGGGGUAGGAUUUGCUUGUUGUUGUUGUUGUUGUUCCUGUUUGUUUACAACAUGAAUUUAAAUGUUA